UGGGUAGGUGGUUGGGAUUAAUGUCUUCCUUGUUGACAUGAUUACCUGUUGAAACGUGAACGUUCUCUGCCCUCCAGUGGUCAUGGUGAGAAGCUACACAAACAUUGUCAAAUUAGCGCAGUACCACUUCCGGUACAUACCUUCAACGUGCUCAACUCUAUGUGCAUAAACAAAGCAAUUACUAAUGCAUGAAUACACGAUGUUCAUAAUUCUCUGUUAGUCACAGUUAGAUACAACUCCGCGUUCCUCGGUAUUGAUAUUGUAGCUGUUUCCUGUAUUUUUAAAACAAAAACCAACGGCUUUAGAAGUUGUUUUCAAACGUCCUACAACCACUGAAGGCGUCUUGACUGUCCUGCGCACGUCAAUCGGAAGGAGGAAGUGGUCAAUUUGCUGUGAGUUAUCGCGGUGGCUUUGCUGUUGGUGGAUUUUUCUUGGUCUUGUUUCCAAUGGCGAGGUUCGCAGGUGAGGGUCGGGCCAGUCCAGGACUCUGGUCCACGGCGUUGCUCCUGCUGGUGCUGACGUGGUUGAGCGGACCGGUUGGCGCUGUGUCCGAACCAGGCAAAUGGAUCCUGAACGUCGACAGUGAAACCCUGAAGACCCAGGACUACUUCUACUACCCCAAAACUCUGUUCAACAACAGCUUAAUCUAUCUCCAAUGGACAGAGAACUGUAACUCCUCAUCUCCUGUCCAACUGAGCAUCUCCUGGUAUCUGAGGAACUCCCACUGCUAUAACGAAGUCUUCAACCUGAACGAAUCGCAGGCAAAGGCUUAUUUCAACUCGACAGAGGUCAGACACGUUGGAGGAAGUGGAUACUAUGCUUACCAUGAAUAUAGCAUCACCUGUUCGUCGCACAACGUCCACAUGCUUCCUCAGGGUAACUUUGAGACGAGGAGACGACUGACUGAACUUCCGCUGGUGCAGGCCGUCACAGAGAAGCCUCCAGGCCGGAGGAGACGAGGGUUGCAGCCUCCGAAACCACAGGCUCCUGCAGCAGAGACACAACAUGCUUCUGCAGGAACAGGAAACGCUGCUGUCCCUUCUAAAGAGAAGCCUUCUCGCCCCCAACUCCAUGCUGUGGCUGAGAGCUGGGAGGACGGCCCCUACAUGUUCAUCUUGUACAUCAAAGAACAGAGUCGAACCCUGGAGCCCGCCAACCCCUCCACACCCUGGAGUCUGCAGCUGCAGAUCAGAAUGGAGGGUCCUCAUGACUACAUAUCGGCCUCUGAGUGGCCUCUGAUGGUGUUCUACAUGGUGAUGUGUAUCGUGUAUGUGCUGCUGGCAGUGUUGUGGUUGGUCCUUUCGGCCUGUUACUGGAGGGAUCUGCUCAGGAUCCAGUUCUGGAUCGGAGGAGUCAUCUUCCUGGGCAUGUUGGAGAAAGCUGUUUACUACGCUGAGUUCCAGAGCAUCAGAUACGACGGUGUGUCAGUCUAUGGGGCUGUGGUGUUUGCUGAGGUGCUCUCUGCGGUGAAGAGGACUCUAGCCAGGGUGUUGGUGAUCAUUGCCAGUUUGGGAUAUGGCAUCGUCAAGCCCAGACUUGGGGCCUUGCUCCACAGAGUAGUCGGAGUUGGUCUGCUCUACCUGAUCUUCUCCAUCAUCGAGGGAAUCCUACGAGUCAAUGCAGAUCUAGGGAGCAACAACAGCAGUAGAUUAUUGUGUGACAUAUUGUUGGCCUUCAUUGACUCCUGUAUUGUCUGGUGGAUCUUUGUGAGUCUGGCUCAGACCAUGAAGCUGCUGAAGCUGAGGAGGAAUGUGGUGAAGCUCUCCCUCUAUAGACACUUCACUAACACACUCAUCUUCGCUGUUAUAGCUUCAGUCAUCUUCAUCAUCUGGACGUCCAGGACCUUCAGGAUGGCCGAUUGUCAGUCUGACUGGAGGGAGCUGUGGUUAGUGGACGCCUUCUGGCGCUUCUUGUUUUCCACCAUCCUAUUGGUCAUCAUGUUCCUAUGGCGACCAUCGGCCAAUAACCAGAGGUAUGCCUUCACUCCACUGGUGGAUGAAGAGACUGAUGAAGAGGAGAAGGAGCCCAUGAUGAACGAGGCCUUUGAGGGGAUGAAGAUGAGGGGCGCGAAAAAUGAAGCCAAUGGUUUGGCCAAAGCCAACAAGGUGGAUGAAGAUCUGAAGUGGGUUGAAGAAAACAUCCCAUCAUCCAUGGCAGAUGUUGCCCUGCCCCCCCUACUGGACUCGGAUGAGGAAGCCAUUGCGACAAAGUUUGAGAUGUCUAAGAUGGAGUAAAACCAAAGAGGAAAGACAGACGAGAAGAAGAAACAUGGAGCAGGAGGUCUUGAGAAACAAGUCUGGUAAACGGACAGAUUAAUAUAUGUGGUGGAGGAAAUGCACACGUGAGGGGAGAAGAUGAAUGACGGACCAACUGAUGGGUGAAACAGUCAAAUGAAGAUGGUGUUGAUUUGCAAUUUAAUCCCUGAAUUGAGGAGCCUUGUACGCCUUGGCUGUUCAGACACUGGGACUAGUGGUCACAGCAGCACACACCUUUUUAUCUUUCUUUUUAUUGCCUGUUUGUAUUUAUAUCUCUCUGUACACAGUAUAUUUUGACAGAUGUGAUGUUAAUGAGAAUCUCUGAUACAGGGCGGUUGUUUGCCUUUGUUUCCUUUUCACACCUCAUCAGGCGUUUUGUGUUUUCACUGCUGCUGAGGUGUUUGUGUGUUGACUGUUGGAUGCGCGUUGAGCGAGUUUUCCUUUGAUUAUGAAUGAGAGAGGAAAACAGUAUGGAUGUGAAUGGUUUCCUCAUUCUUUCCUGCUGUUCCAGUUGUGGUCACAGUGCAGUAUGAACCUUAAACGUCAUGUUCAGCUCUCAUCAUGAAGCCUCACACAAACUUCAGCUGAGAGCACAAAGGAACUUUGGCAGGUUUUUCUAACAAAAGUUAUUAAAAACAAAAUGCUUCCUACAUUUGACUAAUUAAUAUCCAUGAAAAUUGAGAAUAUCUUGGAUCCCCUUGAAUGGAAAAACUGCACACUUUUAUCUUUUGCGUUGACUGACUGUAGACAUUACAAUGAAUUUUCCAUCACGUCGCUUCUUCUUGUCAAAGCUGUGUGUUCCAGUGACUUCUGUGGUCUCCUCUGCCAUUACAUUUUGUACAGACAUUCACGCUCCCCACAGGAUGAAUCCCAAUUACUUAGGUGACCACCAUUAUUUUUACCCCAGCACCAGCAGCAUUUUGGUCACCCGCCGACUUCAUACCUGGAGCAUAAGGCUGUGGUUCUGAGUGAACGCUCUCGUUAUGGUGUUUGGUACAUAUAUUCAUGUUGCCCUCCAAAUUAGUUGAACUUUAACAUCUACGGCCGAGCGUUUAGAGCACAGACGGCAGACUAGUUGCUGUAUUUCCUCUCACACAGGUGAGCUGUACUCCAACUAAACAGACCACACAGGGCAAUACAAAGCCUUAGACUGCUCUGUCAGGUUGUAAAAAUGCAGCUGGACACCUUGACCUGAACCUGAGGGUCUCCGUCUCCCUUUGUGCCAGACAGAGUCACGGAGCAUGUCCAUCCGUUGCAGUGUCUGAUGUUCCCCCCUCCACUUUUAUUCAUGCACAACCACAAUCACUUAUAGUAUCUGCUUCCACAGCCAGAGACACGCACAUGUUACUCCUGUCCCAGCCUCGUGUGUGUGUGUGUAGCGUGUAGCAUCUUCACGACCGCAGCCAGCUCUCUGUCUCCAUGUGUUCCAGACUGUCAACAGUGACUUGUCUGAAUGGUCUGAACACUCCAUACAUCAUCUGCUUCAGCUGAAGGGAAAAGCCCACGGCCCUCUUUGUUGUCUGCUCGCUGUGAGCGGCACCAUCAGAGAGAAUGCUUUGUGUCAGUGAGGAUUGGCACUGAGAUUAUGGAUGUCACUCAUAUUGAAUAUUCACAGAUACUGAGUUUUCAUUGUGUUACAUCCUACAGCUACGCCCGUGAAGAAGACCUGCAGCUGAACCGGUGAAGGGUCUGGUUAGACGGGGCAGCUAGUGGUUUCAUUUUAAAUGCAGUGUGCAGGAGUACAGAGCACUUACAGUUGAAACAUGUCACAACCAGAGCACAGAUCAGUAUUUAAGCUUAAAGGGAAGUUUAAUCGGAAAAGCUUGAGAAAUGCAACAUCUGUUCUUCUAAACGGUUCAGCUGUGGUCUGAAGAGGAGACGGGAGUCAGUCCAGUGUUAACAGCCGGCUGCAGUGCAACAGCUACUCAGCCUUUGUGAUUACUUUUAAGUUGAACUGGUGUGAGUUUUAUAUGAGUGGUGGAGGUUUCAUCCCACAGCAGCAUCUGUUUAUUGUGCAGCAUGUAAAGUAAUGUGCUGUUUGGUUUGUAAAUAAAUCAAAUAUUCAUAA